AUGUUCCCAGUUCAUCGGGCACGGAGUCUUUGUUGCCGAAAUUUCAAAUAUAUCUAUCUAUCUAUCUAUCUAUCUAUCUAUCUCUUGAUUCGGGACAACAUUGUUGUUUUUUUAUUCUUUUUCAAUAUUUGCUUCUGCAUUUUACUGUUUCUCUUUUUCUUUCUUUCUUUCUUAUUAAUUGCAUUGGAGAAUUCUUCAUUUUUUUUUUCAUUUGUGUCGUUCUCGUUUCCUUUCUUUUAUGUCUUUUUCUUUACUUUUCUUUCAUUUUCUUUCUUCCAUGCCCCCAUUCAUUCGUUUUCCUUAAUGUCAAGCUUAUUUGCAUUAUUUCGACAUUUGUUCUUUCUUUCUUUAUUUUUCUUCUUUCCCUAUUAUCCACCUUUUCCUGUUUCCGCAUUUUUCAUUGUUUCUUCAUUCAUAUUUCAUUCGCUUUCUCUUCCUUCUUUCUCUUAUUCCAUUUUAAUUGUUGCCUUCUGUUAUAUACCUGAUUCAAUAUGCAUCUAUCUAUCUAUCUAUCUAUCUAUCUAUCUAUCUAUCUGUAAACGUACCUCUCUAUAUGGCUGUUUCUCCCCCAUUCUCUUGCUGGACGUCAUUUUUAUUUCUGUCUCACAGACGGGAAGCGUUCGUCUUAAACGGGAAGUGCAUGUUGACACUUAA